AAAACGUCAAAAGCAAGCGCGAACGAAAACAAACACGCAAAAGUUUUCGCUUCUUCCGAAAGAAAAUGCAAAUUUUCCAAAACCAGUGCAAAAGUAGCGAUUAUGUGCAGUGAUAAUUAAAUCCAUAUUUCGUAACGCAAGCCUACAAACCAAAGAACCUGCCAGCAUGAUGGACCCGUCGACCGUCGUCCCGUCGGGGGAGAUGGAUUUCUCCGCGUUUGUGCUGGACCUGAACCAAAGUCCCAAAAUUGACUGCACUGCCGUGACGGGAACCGAGAUCCACCGGUGCUGCGCCCCCGAGUCCCGGCUAUCGGCCGAGUUCGAAAACAAAAUGCAAAAGCUCAUCACCAACUUUGACCUGGACGACGACUUGGGAAUGCCGGCGAUGCGCUUCAGCGAUCCGGAACCGGUGCUGAACGAUGAACUGGACGGCACCAUCCUAGCGGACCGCGACUAUCCCAUCGAGUCGCUGGAUACGACGGUGGACAAUGAGGACGACCCGCUGAACCUCACCGCGGAUGAUUGCGACGAUAGUGGCGAUGCCGGUUGUAGCUCCGAUGAGCAGCAGCAAGAAUCCCGCUCCCUGUCCCUGUCGUAUUCCAUUUCGCACGCCCAGGAAAACUUUUCCCAAUACUCGCAAAGCACCGGUCUCUCGAAGCGGUACGAUUCGCCGUGUUCCUACGAGGAUGACCGGGAAUCGGAAGGCACGAAUUUUGACAAGCUGGACGAUUGGUCCGACCUGAUCAGUGACCUCCACAAUAACAACAACAACACCAGUGUGGACGCGGCCAAUCGGGAGUUUAAGGAGUACCUGGACGAUUUUCUAGGCAAGGAUCAGCAAAACGGUGGGUCGACGAGCGGAAUCGGAACCAGUGAGGAUGGAACAAGCGAUACCAAAGAGCCGGAAAGUUCCUGCGAGGAAGAGCAGCAGACGGCGGCGGAGAAACGAAACAAAGACUCCCGCCCGGACACGCCAGCCCUGGAACGAAAGGCAAAGGGCCAGCACAACUAUCUGGACUACCGUGAUCCCGGGCUCGCGGACUUUGACGACGAUGCCAUGAUGCAGGGUGCCAUCGACGACAACUCGAACGUGUUGCUGAUGACCACUACCACCGACGGCGUCGGAGUGUUCCGGGAGCAAGGUAUCUCCGUGAAGCGCAAAAUGUGCGAGGACAAAGAGGACUGCGAGCGGCGGCUGGAACUGAUUGUGGAAAAGUUUCAAAAAACGGACAUCGUUCCGGACCGAGGACAGCAUGCUCGGCUGCUGGACGAGCAAACGUUUACCCGUUGGUGCCAGAUCGACUCGACGCCGACGCCAGUUUUGACCCCCUCCUGCAUGGACGCCGACGCAGAGAACCAGACCGACGACGAGAAACUGGUCAUGCUGGACGGAGAGGAGGACGCGACGGACUCUCCGGUAGCCACGACUCCGACCAAUCCGCGCAACAUGCAGCGGCUGUUCAGGACACUGGCCAACGAGGAGGAUGGCCUUGGCCAGGCGGAUGAAACUCUCGAGCAGCAGCUUGCCAGCGAAUCCGACAGUCAAUUAUUCACCAAACAGCGUUAUCAGAAGAAACUGGUCGGAAAAAUUGAUCCGGCCCAGUCGGUAGCAGGUUCUUCCCGGAAGACGCUCAAGCUGCCCCUGAUGAAGCAACAAAAGUAGAUUGCUCCUGGAGGUGAAGUUUUUGUUCCUUAUCAGCUCCAUGUUUCUUUCUGAUCUCGACUUUAUUAUUUUUUCAUAUGAUUAUUAUUUCUUUUGACGAAGAGCAGGAUUUUCGUUCGUCAGUAUUUUGUUAAACCAAGUUAUUUCUUUUCCUAUCGUUUCGAGAGCGAUUAACUGCUAGUCAGGCAGAUUUUCUGAGUCUGAUCAAAUCAGUUCUGCCACAAGAUAUUAUCGGGCCGGUAGAAUACAACAUCGUAUAAGAACAAAAAAAUAAUACUCUACACUUAACAUGCUCAAGCGAAAGGCUAGAUUUUACCUAACAAUAACAUUUGUUAACUGAAUUGGAUCAUUUAACCAAACAAAAAGCAAACUAUUACUCAUAUAAUACGGAAUGUUAUCACUAAAAAGUGGACAACUUUCAAUGAGAAAAGUUGUCCCAUUUGAACUUUACUAAUUUGAGAGAGUGUGAGUAUUUGAAAAUAAAAAUAGAUAGCUUUACGAAUCUAAGAAUGAAGGAAACCUUUUACCAGUACCUAUAGUUUGGCCCGAGUGGUAGGCCUCAUCAGAAAACAGAACAGAAUCUUUAAGCAAAGUAAAAAUAAAGUACCAUAACGAAGAAAAAUUAAACAUUAUAGACUCAACCCCUGAAACAAAACCGAAGAAGACUUAGUAAAAAUAUACUAGAUUACAGUGAAACAG